AUGACUGGAGAUAAACAAUCAAAUGUCACGCCAUCGAAACAGACCAUGAGAGCUAAAUUACUAAGUGGUAAAGCUCAGGCCUUUGAAGAAGUAAGCCCUGUUACAGUUGCUGAUAUGUGUAAUGCUAAAAGUAAAAUUAGCAAAUCUACUGUAACAACUCCUUCACCUCCUAGAAAACGUAAAGCUGACAGCGAAUCUCUAAGGCCAGCACCUAAGAAGCUAUAUUCGCCUUCACCCUUGACUACUCAUAGUUCUUUAAAUUGUGAACAACAACGAGUAUUAGAAGCUUGCCUUGGAGGGAAAAAUAUAUUUUUCACUGGAUCUGCUGGGACUGGCAAAAGCUAUUUAUUAAAACGAAUAGUGACUGCAUUGCCGCCAGAUGUUACUGUACCUACUGCUUCUACAGGAGUGGCAGCGUGUCAUAUUGGAGGAACUACACUUCACGCCUUUGCUGGCAUAGGAGAUGGUAGUGGAUCAGUUGAAAAUCUUUGUGAAAGAGCCAUGAAAAUGCCCCUAAUAACUCAAAAAUGGAAAAAAUGUAAACAUCUUAUUAUUGAUGAGAUUUCCAUGGUUGAUGGAGCAUAUUUUGAGAAACUAGAAGCAGUGGCAAGAUAUGUAAGAAAGAAUGACAAACCAUUUGGAGGAAUACAGCUUAUAUUAUGUGGGGACUUUUUACAAUUGCCACCAGUUGUGGAAAAGAGUAAAAAUGGAAAGAAGUUUUGCUUUCAAUCACCAUGUUGGGAUAAAUGUAUUGAACUUUGUUUUGAACUGAAAGAAGUACAUAGACAGACUGACCAAGAGUUUAUAACUAUAUUAAAUAGUAUCAGAAUAGGCCGUGUGACAAAAGAGAUUAGUGAUCGCUUAUUAGGAACUGCUAGACAAAAGAUUGAAAGUGAUGGCAUAUUAGCUACUAGGUUAUGUUCACACACAAAUGACUCUAAAAUGAUAAACAAUUCAAAGUUGAGAGAUUUAGAAGGAGAGGAGAAAGUGUUUAUAUCACAGGAUAGUGAUAAUGCCACUAAAAUAUUAGAUAAUCAGACUAUAGCUCCAUCCAAAUUAAUCCUUAAAGUUGGUGCCCAAGUAAUGCUUCUUAAAAAUAUCAAUGUCAAUGCAGGGUUAGUGAAUGGGGCAAGAGGUGUUAUUGUCAGGUUUGAUGAUGGAUUUCCUGUCGUGAGAUUUAAAAAUAAAAAAGAGUACACUGCAAGAGCAGAGCGCUGGUAUGUCAAAAAUUCGAGUGGAUCAUUGCUAUGCCGUAGACAGGUCCCACUGAACCUUGCUUGGGCAUUUUCCAUACACAAAUCACAAGGUUUAACUUUAGACUGCGUAGAAAUGUCUUUAUCCAAAAUAUUUGAAGCUGGUCAAGCUUAUGUAGCUUUAAGCAGAGCACAAAGCCUUGAUACAUUACGAGUUUUAGACUUUGAUUCACGACAUGUUUGGGCAGAUCCAAAUGUCUUAGAGUUUUAUCAGAGAUUCAGGCGGCGUUUGCAGCAAAUGGAAUUAAUACCAUUAGGCAGACCAUUGUCUGAUAAGACAAAUAAAAAGUUAAAACUACGAAAAAUUUUACAAAAACAAAUGAAUAAAAAGUGA